AGUCACAAAGCCCCUUUAAAACAUUGAUCUCGGCCAAACCAAACACUGCCUCCCGAUGCGCCUUUAAGAGCCCGCCGUGCCUGCGAGUGUUGUGUCGGGGGCCGUCUGCUCCUCGCUCCGUGUCGUCUGGGCCCGGCUAACGUUAGCACACUGACCUGCUUGGCUCGCAAGCUGAACGGAUUUCACGGAUAGUAAUGUUUGGUGUUUCGGCCCAAUAAACGGAGACGACGACACGCCGGAUGGUGAGCUGGAAGCCGUCCAUGCGAAGGAAGCGGGUGCGCGUGAAGGAGUGACGUUAGCAGAUCCAUGGCCAAGUGGUUGAAGGACUACCUAAACUUUGGCACCAGGCGUGACCCUCCACAGCCCCCGAGGCCAGAUUACAGUGAAAGUGAGAUUUUGAGGGCCUACAGAGCUCAGAAGGAGCUGGAUUUCGAGGACCCAUAUCAGCACUCUGAGAAGGAGCAUCAAAAUGGUGGUUUCAGCCCCUGUAGCCCCACAGUGAGCCUUCCAUCUUUUCCCGCAUUCGGUUCAGUGCUGCCUAAUGGUGUUGAGGUGAAAGUGGUGUCUCCCAAACACAGACUCAUUAAAGUGGACUCUCAGGAGUUUGGCUGCUCUAAAGUCCCUCUAACUCCUGUGACUACUCAAGAGGAACCUGUGAUUCCUUCUGCCCCAGCAGCAUUGGACGCUGACACAGACUACUCUGAUCCAUUUGAUGUUUGUCCAGAACCCAGAGACAGAGAAAUCUGGGAUUCCAAACCUGCAUCAGACUGCUGCAGCUACAUGGAGCCAUUUGAAGCCCAACGGAUUAUCUCAGAACUUCAGCACAGCAUAAUGAGCAACAGGUCUGGGAGUACGGAUGGCGUCCAGUUGUAUGAUAACCCGUACGAGGAGCGGCCUCGACCCUACUACCGCACGGCUCCAGCAGCACAACAACAAGCUCAGAGGGUUGAUGUAGGAAUUAACCAGAUAGACAGCAGAGAGAGCAGGCUGCCUCGGGACGAUGAAAGGCCGGCUGAUGAAUAUGAUCAGCCCUGGGAGUGGAAGAAAGACAACAUAUCUAAAGCCCUAGCAGUUCAGUUUGAAGGAGCAGAAAGGGAGCGCUCCCGAGCUCAGACGGAGCCUACCCGGCUCACCAAGACGGGCGCCUCAUCGUCCACAGCUGACUCCACCACGUUCCCUCUUCCCUCUGACACACCUCCUCUCCUUGGAGAGCGAGUGGAUCCAACUAUGCCCCUGGAGAGACAAGUGUGGUACCAUGGGGCUCUGAGCCGCUCGGAGGCAGAGAGUCUACUGACUCUGUGCAAGGAGAGCUCUUACCUGGUGAGGAAUAGCCAGAGCUGCCGGAACGACUACUCCCUCUCACUCAGGAGCUGUAAAGGUUUCAUGCAUAUGAAGUUCACGCGGUCCGCAGAGCGGCACUACGUGCUCGGGGAGAACAGCCCUCCUUUCUCCACCAUCCCCGAGGUCAUCCACUACUACACCACACACAAGCUGCCCAUCAGAGGAGCCGAACAUAUGUCCCUACUGUAUCCGGUCAUAGUGCAGACCCUCUGACACUGACGCACCCGCACACUCUUUCUCCUGGUGCUACUGAUACUCAAUAUUGACCUAUUUCUGUCCAGUUUUCCUACAUGCCUUUUCACUGCCGUUCUACCUGAACUGCCCGCAAGAGAUUGGACUGUCUGUUGCCCUCUUUUCCGUUUACCAUUUCCCCAAUAACUACGCUGGCAGCUUAAUAAGAGCUCAGUGCCUCGUGAAUAUUCGCCUGUGUCUGGUGUCAUCACUGAAAUCCUCUCAUUUUCAUAGCAUGGACCCCUGAAAUUCAUUCAUUUCAGUACUUAUAGGUGAACUAUAUUCUACAGAAUCUUGGUUGAGAUUUGCCUCUUUUACUGUACAGCACAGAUCCCAUACUGCCAGAUCACUUAGAGGAAAGUAGUGGUGUUUUAUCUUUGUCUUUGUUCCGCCAAGGCAGCAGUUAUCUCCAUAAGAAUUUGAUGUUUUAAAGGGACACAAAUCUGACACAUACGAGACGUGGGGAUUUACACUAAAUAAAAACAGUAGAAAGUAUUGUUUUAAAAAUGCUGCAACUGCAAACAACACAAGCCAAGUGUUAUCUACAAUAUCAACCAAACUCUACACAAACUGUGACUGUUGUAUAGCUGCGUAUGACUUCACCUAGUAGACUCCUGCAAUACUACUUUAGAGGAUAAUAACUACAGUAUUCUAUUAAGCUUGUGGCUUUGAUCUUGACUAUUCAAGGAGCAUUGGUAGGUUAUUUACUGUUCUGUUUUAUAAGAAUUGAAAAGUCUUUUGAAAAUAAAGGUGUUGGUUUUUUUUAAA